GAGAAGUCGCAGGAGGCGGCGGCGCUGAGCGCGGCGUCCCCCAAGGCCCUGGCCCCGAGCCCCGCGGCCGGCCCCGCGCCCAGCCCCACACAGGAGCCCGCCAAGGCCGUCCACAACGGGGAAAGCAUGGUGAGCGUCGCUCUUCAUUUUCCGCUCAGGGUCCCGCCUGAGCGGCGCGGCGGCGGCGCCGCGCCGGUGGCGGCGGCGGUGGGCGCCCCGCGGCCCGGUGGCUGCCGGCGACGACGAGGUGCGACGCGAGCGGACGGGGAGGCGGGCGCGGGAGGCGGCGACUCGGACGACGAGGACGGCGGCGACUCCGAGGAGCUGGACGACAUCGAGCUCAUCUUCACCACCGAGGAGACCAAGGAGCUCGGGGUGCUGCAGGAGGACCUGGUGCCGAUCGCCGACGCCGAGGAGGACGGCGUGUGGCCGCCGCUGCAGUUCGAGUCCGCGGACGGCGAGGACGGCGACGCCGCCGCGCCCGCGCUCAAGCCGACGCCCGUGGCCGGCGCCGCGCCCGUCUCCUCGCGCGCCAAGGCCCCCUGCCCCCCCCCGCCCCCGUCCCCCCCGCCAAGGCCCCCAUGCCACAACGCGGGCCGCGCGCCGCGCGCUCCGUGCUCAUCGAGACCGACAUCUCCAAGUGCGGCGUCGUGGACGAGGGCGCCGAGUGAACCUUUCUAUGUGGCCGGUCGGCUGUCGCGCCGCAACACGCUGCCCGCGCCGCUGGGCUUCCCGCCGGUGAUGCUGCUGGCAGCACGCACGGCAGCGGCGCGAGGCGGGGGCGGCGCGCCGGGUUCGGCAUGGCGCUGGCAUGGGGCUGAGCGCCGGCCGCCCUUCGCCUCAGUUCCGCAGGCGUGCGGCGGCGCGGCGGCGGCGCGGGCGCGGCAGCGCGGCGGUGCGGCGCGGGGCCGGGCGCGCGGACGCGAUUUCGCGCAGCGCUUCCCGCGCGCGCCCAUCCUGGUGGAGCGCUGCCGCGGCGCCAAGCGCGAGAACGAGGCGCAGACCGACAUCACGCGCUGCCCCGCACUGGAGGUGAGCACCACACCUUGA